AUGGCUCCUGCAAACAAGGUCGCUUCCGAGUUCGAACAGGCCAAUAAGGCUUAUGCAUCGUCUUUUCAAAAGGGCCAGCUACCCCUGCCUCCCGCCCGAAAGGUGGCAGUAGUGACCUGCAUGGAUGCCCGUCUUGAUCCGGCAAAAGCCCUUGGGCUGGAAGAGGGCGAUGCCCACGUCAUCCGCAAUGCCGGCGGAAGGACCGUCGAGGCCCUGCGCUCCGUCAUCAUCUCUCAGCAGCUGUUAGGCACGCGCGAGAUUGUCGUCAUCCACCACACCGACUGCGGCAUGCUCACCUUUUCCGACGCCGAAAUCCGUACGAAAAUCGAAAAGGACCUCGGCCACAAGGCAGACCACAUUGCCUUCCUACCCUUUAGCGACGUCAAGCAGAGUGUCACCGACGAUAUCGCCGUCCUCAAGAGCAGCCCCUUGGUCCUCGACGUCCCCAUCACCGGUUACGUCUACGAGGUCGAGACAGGCAAGAUUGUCAAGGUCUGA